UAAUUAAAUCACACAUAUAAGUUAAUACGAAUAAUAAAAAAAUGGCUCAAAAGACCAGCGUAUGCAUUGUCGGUUCCGGCAACUGGGGCUCCGCCAUCGCCAAGAUUGUGGGUGCCAACUGCGCCAAUUUGCCCGAAUUCGAGGAGCGUGUCACCAUGUAUGUCUACGAAGAAAUGAUCGAUGGCAAAAAAUUAACAGAAAUCAUCAAUACCACCCAUGAAAAUGUUAAAUAUUUGCCAGGACACAAACUGCCACCAAAUGUGGUUGCCGUACCCGAUCUCGUUGAGGCUGCCAAAGAUGCUGAUGUUUUGAUUUUCGUUGUACCCCAUCAAUUCAUUCCGAAUUUCUGUAAACAAUUGUUGGGCAAACUGAAACCAAAUGCCAUUGCCAUUUCCCUGAUUAAGGGUUUCGAUAAGGCCGAAGGUGGUGGCAUCGAUUUGAUCUCACACAUUAUUACCCGCCAUUUGAAAGUUCCCUGUGCUGUGUUGAUGGGUGCCAAUUUGGCCAAUGAGGUUGCGGAGGGACAAUUCUGUGAAACCACCAUUGGUUGCCGUGAUCCUAAAUAUGGUAAAAUUUUGCGUGAUCUUUUCCAGGCCAAUCACUUCCGUGUUGUUGUGGUUGAUGAUUCGGAUUCGGUGGAAAUUUGUGGUGCUUUGAAGAACAUUGUUGCCAUGGGCGCCGGUUUCGUCGAUGGCUUGGGUUUGGGUGACAACACCAAGGCCGCUGUUAUCCGUUUGGGUUUAAUGGAAAUGAUCCGUUUCGUAGAGAUCAUGUAUCCCGGCGGCAAAUUGUCCACCUUCUUUGAAAGCUGUGGUGUUGCCGAUUUAAUUACCACCUGCUAUGGUGGCCGUAACCGCAAAGUCGGUGAGGCCUUUGUGAAGUCGGGCAAGACCAUUCAACAAUUGGAAACUGAAUUGUUGAAUGGCCAGAAAUUGCAAGGCCCCCUGACCGCCGAGGAGGUCAACUAUAUGUUGAAGAACAAAAACUUGGAAGAAAAAUUCCCCUUGUUCACCGCCAUUCACAAAAUCUGCUCCGGUGUCCUUAAGCCUCAAGAUUUGAUUGAAUGCAUACGCUGCCACCCUGAACACAUGUCGUCAUCAUUAUUGCCUGUACCAAAACUGUAAAGUUAUAACACA